GCAAGAGCUGCAUGGGGAGGGGCUAAACGGCGAUUGACAACUCCUAGGUUUCUGACUGCUGUAUGGGACAAGCAAAGGAGAUUCCUCCCUACAUCCGUCAUAAAACACCAAAGCAGCAGAAUGGGACGCCAUUCAUCAGACAGUGAAGGUGAUAGCAGAAGUAGACGAAAAAAGAGGCAUCACAGGAGAUCAUCUUCUAGCAGUUCUUCAGACAGCAGGACAUCUAGUCGUAAGAAAUCUAGUCGAAGAUCCAGAUCAAAAUCAAAGUCAAGGUCAUGGUCAAGAGAUCACCAUACUCGCUCACGUUCCCGAGAUAGAAGACGAAGACGCCGAUCCUCAAGUGAGUCUUCUUAUGAAUCUCGGAAGAGGCGCGGCAGUCGUAGCAGGUCACGUGACCGUGGUAGGUCAUACAGAUCAAGGCAUUCACGGUCCAGAAGCAGGACUAGAAGACAUCGCCCACGAUCUCGUAGCCGGAGUAGUGAGAGGUCAUCUCGGAGGAGGAGUCAUAGCUGGUCCCGUGAAAGGGAACGACGUAAAGGCAGAGAUAAAGAGAGGGCAAGAGAAAAGGAAAGGGAGAAAAGCAAAAAGGAACUUCACAUUAGCAAACAUGGUGACUCUGGAAACAUCAAAAGUGGAUUAGAACAUCUGGUUUCAUCUUCUCAGGCUAAAACAAAGCUACAAAUUGCCCUUCAGGCAGCUGCUAAACUAGAUGCACAGAAAACGAAAGAGAGAACAGAAGAGGUGGCAGUUAAGAAAGAAGAAGAGCAAUACAGUCUUGCAGAGCAAGUAAAGCGGUUGUGGGAUAUUGAGGCAAUUGAAAGUGACAAAUUUAUUCAACAAGAAUUCAAGUCAAGCAGAGAUGCUAAAAAGUCAGCAGACACCCCAGAAGGAAAACGUGACCGUACCUUGCUAAGCAGUGGAAGUACAGGUGCAUUGGCUACUGAUAUCAAGCAAGAGAUCAGCGAAUUUCCAGUGUCUGUCAAGUACCUAGAUGAUGACAGUCUGGCACACCCAAAUAUGUUUAUUGACAAGGCUGUUGCAGAAGAGCAGUGGUUUAAGAGGUUAAUCUCUCUUCGUCAAGAAAGACUAAUGGGAAGUCCUGUAUGCUGAGUACUUAAUAAUUUCUGCAACAAGUAGAAGAUUGGAUUAUACAAGAAAUGAAAUAAAAUUGUAACUUCAAUUGGUUUUAUUCCUGGUGUAAAAUAAGAUCAUACAUGAGGUGCUUGAUUUUUUUUCCAUGUGAAGUGUACACAACUUAACAUACAGCACCUCUGAUUAACCUAAUUGUAUAACUUUGUUUUACAUGAGUUUUUAAAGUUGUGUUUUCAUUUCUUUUCUCUUGCAUUAAGUUCUAUUUUACUGUUCUUUGACCAUUACCUUGCUAAUUUAAAUAAAGCUGUAAGCAAGCAAGUUAA